CCGCUUUCUGUUUACACCGCAACGUGGGUCACUGUGACAGAAAAAAAAAUUCUCUAUUAUCUGUUUUACCCAUGUUAAAAUGGGUAAAAAGCGCCACAGCGAAGACUCGGCGGAGUCAAACACUCCGGUGAAAAAAGAAAAAGUUCCGGAGUUCAAUGGGACUAUAUUUAAAGCUAUGCUAAAGGAACCCACCACAGCCAUGAAGGGACUGGAGACAUUCAUAUCAACCGCUAAGAAGCUGCCAUGCUCUGACCUGUAUGAUGUGGUUGAGGGUUACAUCAAAAUCUCUAUGGAGUGUGCAGAAAUAUUCAAAUUGUUAGAGACAGAGAAGCACAUAGAGAAUGAGAUGAUGCUGAUUUUUCAGAGCUUGGAGAUGAUCCUUCUAAGGACAGCCAGUGACCUGUCCCACUUCAACGUGGUUGGCAACGCUAUUGUGAAAAAGACGCUUUCUAGCUACAUGAAACUUCUACAGGGAUCUUUCAAUUCAGAAAAUCACAGGUUUGUCCGUCAGUGCCUCAGUCUCCUGUCCGCCUUAGUGUCUCAAGGUCCAGAAGCUGCAAGAGAGGUCCUAAGUCACAUUCACAUCAAUAAAGCUCUGUCUGGACUGGCAAAGAGAAAGGAUAAGAAGGGAAGACCUGAUGUCCGCAUGGCUUUUAUCCAGUUUGUGCUGUCCUUUUUGGUGUCUGGUGAUAAUGAUACAGUUGGACAAAUAUUAGAAAUCAAAGAACUUUUGCCAGAGAUCCUGAGUACAGGUCUGAAGGAGGAGAGGAUGACCACAGUCAAUCUGAUUGUGUCCACACUGAAGACUAGAGUUGUACUAAACAAGGCCAUAAGUAAAACACAGAAAGUGCGUUUUUUCACACCUGCUGUAUUGGCCCACAUAGCAUCUCUGUAUAAAUGGAAUGGGAUUGAGGAUGCAACCACUGAUGAUAACAGAAUGGCAGAAGACUCAGAGCAUGCGGGUAUAUCUGUCAUCCGGGAUCUUGUUCACAGUUUCCUUCUUGACCUGUGUUGCUCUCGUAAGCAUGGUAUCAGCUUUCAUGAUGCCAGCUUUGGCACAGCUGGCAGGGCUGGUAACAUUGUUUUACUUCAGUUCUUGGUGGGGCUGAAGCAGGCCACAGAGGAUGAAUUGGUGGCAGAGCUGGUAGUGAAUGUGUUGAAAACUAGCCCUGACAUGCUGGCCAGAUACUUUCAGGAGACUCAGUAUUCAUACACACCCCGCCUCAAAAGUGCUUGGCAGGACAAUGUCAAAUUACUUAAAAAGAUCUACGAGGCCCAGCCAGAGAUAUCCACAGUCUUCCAAACUCGCGAGGUCAUCCCUCUCCCUCGCCUGCUCUCCAUGAUUAUGGUGAUCUCUCUUCCUCCAGUCUGUAACAAGGCCUUCUUCACACAAGGCCUCAGUCUUGCCAACACAGCAGUGCAGCUCACAACUCUGUCCAUGAUGAAUUUCAUCUUGAAAAGAGCCAAUAAGAAUAUGGAGUACAUUUUGCAUAAGUCUGAGUGGCACAGUUCAGAUAUGAUGGGGGACUUGGUGCAGCAAUACAGGGAGACACUCAGCAAGAUUUUGCCCGAUAUGACGAGUGUAGUUGCAAAGUGGCAGUCUCUUAGUAAAAAGGAAAAGACGGAUGAUGAAGAAAAAAAGACCAAAGCUGAAGAACAGACAGAAAAUAAAAACGAAGUGCCUGUUGCUGAGACAGCUGAGGUUAUCCUGCUGAAGGCUCUGAUUCUUCAGGUCAUAUGUCUUUACCAGAAAGUAGUGCCACAUCUGGUUAGCCAGUGCAAAUUUGACUUCAGCAAGCUCUUAAAAGGGAUUGUGUCAGAAAAAGGAAUAAGGGAAGAAGUUGCCCCAGUUUUGCAAUAUCAGAUACUACAGUUGGCCUUAGAGCUCCCUGCAAGCAAGUUCUCCUGGUUCCGCAUACAGGAUGUUGCAGAUACAGAAUCAUCAUCUGGAGAGAAGUCAGUACUUUACCUGCUUCUCAAGAUGUUUGUCAGCAGCAGCAGCAGCCACCUAAAAACCUCCACACAGAUGCUUGUUCUGAAAGUGCUGAAGGACAGUGGGGUGUUUGAGUACACCUGGGCAGAGCUUGAGCUGUGGCUCGACCAGCUGGCUAGAGUAGAGCCAAACCAACAAGAGACCAUCAUCCAGUUCUUGGAGAGGGUGUUGGUGAAACUGGUCUGCAAUUCUUACACAUACACAGAUAAAGUUGCCAGUCUGGUCCAGGAGGCAGCUUACCUGCAAGCUAACCUGAGUAGCCAGGAGGGCGACAAUACCAGUACCCCAGUCUCACACAUUGAUGAUGUCUUAGAUAUGCUGGAUGUCAUUAUGGAGGGUAGUGAAGGUGAGAUGGAGCAGUUCGGGCCAUGUCUGAGUGAAGACCUCAUUAUCCAGACCUUCCCCUUCAGUGUGGUGGUACCUGCUGCUCUGGAGGCCCGAAACAAACUGCCUGCAGACAAGGGGGUGGUGUAUGAAUACUUGUCUGCAGUGCUUUCAGAUGUCCUGCACUGUCAGAGAGAGCCCCUCCCUCUCUGUCUGGCUCUGCUGCAGUACGAUAAAGAGCUGGUGUCCUCAGAACUCUCUGAUUCUCCUCAUCACUCCAUAAUACAACUUCAUCAGUAUUACUCCAAAUGGCUACCACAGCAGUGCCGGGAGGAACUGUUUAAGUCCUCAGAAUGCCUUUCAAAGGGAUUGCCAACCCCCAUUUCAUUCACUGCACUGCUGAAAGCUGCGUAUAGCAAAGGACUGAGCACUUUGCUUGAGGACGCCUUCAGGAAGAAUGUGGAAGGAACUCUCGCUUCCAUGUUGAUGACUGAGUUUCCAGUAGCAAUCAAGCAGAUCUUACUCUACAUAAAAUCAACAGUGGAAAACAUUGGCACGUUCUCCAAAGACAUAGGAACUGCCCCUCUGAAGACCUUAAUGGGAAUACUCCGGGAUUUGGUGACCAAACUACAAGCCUUUCAGGAGACCCCAAACUCUGAGCCAGUAGCAGAGAACUCCCAAGAAGGAUCAGAGCUCUUCAUGGAAAUCAACCAGUUGUCCACGGGAGACGCCAAUAAAGAGCAGAUCCUGCUUUCUGCACUUACCUCCAUCUUCAAGCAUCCAUGUUUUGAGCAGUGGUUUCUGGCUCUGGAGCUGGCUGCUUUGCCUCCUCACACUCUGAACCCAGUCAGACUAAAGAACCUGUGUGCUCAGCUGAAUGAUGACAUUCUGGCCUUGCUGAAGAUUAGCACCCCUACUCUCUGUGAUCUGGGUCACCUGGAGCUUAUUUGUGGCUACAUGGCCACUAUAAAAAAAGCUGUGCUCAAGGAACUGAUGGAGAAGGGCUCCCAGGCUGCAAAGAAGCAGUCCCAACCUUUCCAGGCCCUCCUGUCUCUGCACAGCUACAUGGACUCCUGUAAUCUGAGAGAGGUGGUCUCCAAGUUGCUACUCCUCCCCCAGGAGAGCCUAAUCUCCCCCAGCAGUGAGGGCACACAAGCAGAGCUUAGUGUCUAUGGUCAUGCAGCUCUGCAGAUCCUCACAGAAACUAAAGCUAACUCUUCCCAGGACCACAGUAUCUUUUUGUCCUGGGCACACCUCCAUGGCCUGGGCACCCUGCUGCUGUCCUGUUCCAGCCCUGCACUGGAGGCCUUCCUGCUGCAGACUCUGUCUAGUGAGCCAGGCAGUGCCAAGCUCAUCCACACAGAUGUGCUGUUGUAUUGUCUCCGGUCGCCUCUCCCACACACUCAAGCCAUCAGCUCUCUGUUGCUACAGAACUGCUCCACACACCGCCUCUGCUUUGAGGUGUGGUGCCUAGAGUCAGCAAAUAUGGAGAAGCUCUCUAACCAGACAAAAACAUUCCUUCCACUAAUCAACACCUACCUACAAGUUGCAAGUCGAGAGGAUCCUGUCAGGCCCAAAGAUGUGCAAAAAGCAGUUUUAAAAACCUUGAAGCAAGCAUUGCUCGCCAAAUUGUCCCAGUGUGUUCUGGGAAACCUGACAGAAGACUCCGGAGCCCAGCUUGCUGAAACACUAGCCAGUCUGAUCAAGCUCACUUCAAACAUCAAAGACACCAGGGACUUGAUCAACAGUCUGCCCAGUGCUCUUCAAGAAGUGGACAGUUUUGAAAGGUGGCAACUAAUAGAUGUCAUCACUGAGAAACUGGCUGAUUGCCCAGAAGAACAAGAAACCUGGAGGAAGUCGGUCACCACUGCUGCCAUCAAGUGUCUCAUCGCCGCUUACAGUCACUCUAAAGUUCAGGUUACUUCCUCGUCAGAGCAGGAGCAAAGCAUCCUGGGAAGACUGCAGCAACUCCUAACAUCAGCUGAAGACAUCACUGCAUCUGAAUGGAACAGUUUUGUCAAGAAUGGACUGAAAUAUCGCUACAGAGAUCACAUCUUUCUGAACACGUUGAGCAACCUGUUGGAAGUUAUUUACGGUGGCAGUGGAGCCCAGAAGGAUCUGAUACCUUUGUCCACCCUUCACAUGAUGACCAGCAGCCAUUCCCUGUUCCUGUCCACCAUGUUGGACUCUGAUGAAGAUCCUAGCAGGUGUCAGGCUAAAGAAGCGUUAGUGUCCCUACUUCGCUGUUUGGUGAAGAAAUGCCCAACAGUCUGUAACAUCAAUCACUUUGUUGUACUUUUGGGAGCAUAUGGAGUCACACUGAGUACUUCAGAUCAGAAACUAUUACUGCUUCUUCAGGAAUAUGAAAAAAACAAUGUCAGUCUGCUGAAAUUUCAAUCCUUCUUGUGGGGCCCAGCAGCUGUGGAGCACCACAAGACCAGGAAAAGCCUGGGAGCUUCCCUGUGGAAGCAGGCGAGCUCAGACGACCUGUUGGCCCUGCUGAAAACUGACAGGAUGCUCCAGACAAUUGCACACUUUCCCCAGCAACGCAGAAUCAUCCUGCAGGAAGAUAAGGAGCUGCUGUACUCUAACAAUGCAGUAAAGGACCAUGGGAAUUUGUAUGAUCCCGUUUUUCUUUUGCCUCUGUUCAGCACCAUACUGCGGCCAGAGUGUGUGAUUGACUGCCUUAAGUUUGUAUCCAGCCAUGCCCUUGGAGUAACGGUAAUGGCUCUAAGUAGUUACGACCCAAAAGUGAGAGCGGCGGCGUAUCAUGUGCUGAGCUGCUUCUACCAACACCUGGAGGGUGCUCGGUUCAGAGAGAAGAGACAGCUUCUGUACUUGAUGGAUACAGUGAAGAACGGAAUCCGGCAGCAAAAUCAAAGACUUCCAUUUGUCCUGACCACUUACAUCACCAAAGUGGCCCAGCAGAUGCUAAAACCUGAGGACCACAUGUAUGUGGUGUUAAACAGGUUUCUGCUGUCCCAUCAGAGUUUGGACUUCAGAAGAGUACCUGAGUUCUUCAAGCUAUUCUAUGGCUUUGAUUUGGAGCAUAAAAUGGAACGUGAGUGGAUCUUGAGCGUGCUGGAGGAAGGAAUAAGUGAUGGACACUGCUAUGAAUUGUGUGAAAAACAAGGCAUCUUUCAAACCCUUUUAGGAUUCAGCAGCAGCCCUCUGUGUGAUGAACACUGCCAGGCACAGAUUAUUAGGGUGUUGUGCAAGGCCACCCGUGUGACCAGAGCAGCUUAUAACCUCACCAAGAGCUGUGGGCUCCUAACCUGGAUAAUACAGGUGGUUGAAAAAAGGAAUCUAGACCAGCAGCUGCUAAGUGCCAUCAUAGAUCUACUCCAUGUGCUGUGGUUUACUAAUCUUGGGCAGAAGGAGAAGGAGGUGGAUGGAGCCAAGAACUCCUCAUCUGCAGAGGAGAAAUCUCAGAGCUCAGUCAAGUGUCUCCCACUCCCACUAAUCAGUGAAUUCCUGUCUGUGGCAUUAACUAUCAGCAGACACCUCAGGUUGCAUGUGAAGGCCGCUCAGCUCAGCCUGUUUCUACAGACGCUUUGCUCUGUGCUGAAGCAUCGUGAGACCGCUCUCAAUGUUAACAAGCAGGCUGACUGGCUAACACUCCACCCACAGCCUCUCUCUUGUACUGAAGCCCUCGCUCUGCUUCUCUCCUGGGCCUCACUGUCCCGCGAUACAGCUCUCCUUACCCAAUUACAAGCCUUGUCUGAAAAGCACAAAGUCAAGGAAUUGUUGGGGAUGGGGAAGGAUAAGACCCGAGGUAAAGGCUCCUUUUCCAAAGCCCGCACACAAAAAGAGGACAUGGCAGAAGAUGCUGAGACUGAGAAACAAGAAGAGAGUCUUCUGGUAGCGUGUAAAUUUGACCUCAGCGGCAUCUUUGUUCACUGGGAGCCUGUGUUUCCCCUCUCUGAACCCCAGCCGGCUCAGCCAAGAGACAAACUAGAUCCCACUCGAUUGGCCGGUGAUACAGCGCACCUGCUCACCAAGUGGUCCCUGAGGUGCAUGUUGGAGGACUUGUAUGAUGAAAACAGAACAAAAGAAUUCUUGCACUGGGUUGAAAAGGCUGUGAUAAAACACAGGGAAAUUGUGGAUGUUGUGUUACUAGAUCCUGGCUGGAAAGCAGACCUUCUUCGGCUUUACCAUCAGGCCUUUGAAGCUCAGUGUCACUCCAGCAUUUCAGAAAGAAUGGAAACUUUCCAGCUCUUUACCAAAAUUAUGGUAAACUUAUUAGAGACCCAAGACUGCCUUCCAGAGCUGCAUCAGGCAGUCAUCUCUGCCUGCCUGCUAGAAGCCACACAUGAUCAGUCUCGCCGUGAAGCAGGGCUAUUGCUGUUGUCACUGUACAUCCAUGAGUUGUGGAGUGGAGCCACAUCAGCAGAGCUGUUCCUGUCUCAUGUGAGUUUGGUGACCAGAGCCAGGUGUAAGAGACAGAAAGCAUCCAAAUCAUCACUGACUCAAACAGCCAUCAGAGCCAUCUGUAAUGACAUCAUCACCAUGAAGAAUUAGAUAUGACAUCUGAACACUACUAUGUUCUUUGAAGUAGACUUAGUAACAAGAAAGCUUGUAUUAUUUCAUUUUACUGAAGAUAUUUUAUAAAAUUCUGUUAUAAAAUGUUGAUUUACAGAUCUGUUACAAAUUUGUGAAUGUUUUGUUUUUUUUAACAUUUGGUUCCUGCAUUACCUCACUUCAAAACUGUAAUUGUAUGCUAAAUUUAAAGAAGGUGUUGUAGACUUAAUUAAAGAAAUUUGAUUCAA